UGUACCAGAACGUUCAUGCUAGAAUGACGUGCCCAGUUGAGUUGAUUCGCUCCAUCCCCUCCACCCAUCCAUUCAUCUAUCCAUCCGUUGAAGCACAACUCAGACUCAGAUAGUAGUUCGAUGUAUACUAGCAAACACAUAAAGAGCCCUCUUCCAGCUGAAAUCACGCCACUUUAAUUGCUGUAAUCCAAGAUUAUUAGUCUACGAUUGACCCUGCCUCUGACUACUGAUGGCAAAUUCGGCCUCUCCAUGUGUGGGACGGUCCAAUCUGGGUCCACCGAGGCCAUCGCCUCCCGUCGGCCUCAACCAUGAUGAUGCCUCGGCCACCACCACAGUCAGCACAAAAUCAACCAAGACAAUCGCUCAGCACAGAAUGGCCAAGCGAAACGAGGCUGAUGCUGCCAACCCGGUGGCGGUUCCGCCCAUGCCCUGGUUCGGCAUGGACAUCGGAGGAACCUUGACCAAGUUGGUCUAUUUCGAGCCCACGGAUGUGUCUUCUCAGGACGAUACGAAAACCUAUGAGGAAGCAUCGCUUCUGGCCAAUAUCAAGCACUACCUGAUCAAGAACAAGGCUUACGGUCAAUCCGGUCACCGGGACAGUCAUUUGGAGAUGCGGGAUGUGCUGAUUGAUGGCCGCACGGGGGUGCUACAUUUUAUCCGGUUUCCCACGGCUCAAAUGGACUCCUUUGUGGAAUUGGCCAAAGGCAAAGGCAUGGCUAACUUGGCUUCCACCGUGUGUGCCACUGGGGGUGGAGCCUACAAGUUCGAAGAUUUAGUCGAGAAAGAAGUGGGCAUGAAGUUGCACAAAUUUGACGAGUUGGAUUCCCUCAUGCGAGGGGUCGAAUACAUGGAACAUUUUAAUGCCUCGGAGUUGUUUUACUACGAGAAUCCGCAAGAGGAGGAAAACUACCAGAAAGCCGUCUACCAAGCCGGGGCCAUUUAUCCCUUCAUUCUGGUGAACAUCGGAUCGGGAGUGAGCAUUUUAUCCGUAAAAAGUCCCGAUGAAUACCGACGUGUUUGCGGAACCAGCUUGGGCGGCGGGACUUUCUUGGGCCUGUGUAGUCUCCUGACGAAUUGCAAGGAUUUUGAGGAGGCCUUAGCCUUGGCUGCUAAAGGCGAUAAUAAGAACGUGGACCGUUUGGUCCGGGAUAUUUACGGGGGAGAUUAUGCGAAAUUCGGCCUGCAAGGUGACCUGGUCGCCUCUAGUUUCGGCCACAUGAACGAUUCAGUGCGGCGCGCCAAUGCCCGACCCGAAGACCUUGCUAAAGCGACCUUGACUACCAUCACCAACAAUAUUGGUUCCUUGGUGAAGUUGUGCGCUCAAGCGGAAUCCCUUGAGCGGGUUAUUUUUGUUGGCAAUUUUCUUCGCAUCAAUUCAAUAUCGAUGAAGAUGUUGGCCAGUGCUAUGGAUUUUUGGUCUCAAGGAUCAACCAAGGCCUUAUUUUGUGAGCACGAGGGCUAUUAUGGAGCCGUGGGCUGCUUGCUGGAAUUAAUGAAAACCCCUUAGUCAUCGAUUUGAGUUACAAAAAUGUUUGUCUUCUGAUCGAUCGCUUGUUGGGUUUACACUCAGCUAUUUUAAAAGUAUUCUCAUGAUUUGUUUACAUUUAAAGAUAAAGAAAAGCAUCCCGGUAUAGCUA